CGGGCGGGGCGGGUGGGAUCCGGAGCGACGGGGUGAAGGACAGCGACUCGGGGUUCCAGUCGGGGACCUGAGAUUGGGAACCUCCGCGAAGUCCCAUUCAGACGUCUGGGCCAGUGUCCAGGUCCCGAGUCGCAGGUGUCGUCUUCGACCCCAAGAUGCGGUAGGAAUUGAAGCCGCGGGGAAGUCCUGUCCUUGGCGCCACCAAUCGUCGCCCAAGCUCAUGGCGACCCCAGGCCUGAGGCGGUUGCUCUUGGCAUUUGGUCUGCCGAUGCUGCCCGCCAGUUGGAGCCAAACAACACUGGACCCUUUAACAAAUAAUGCGACUCUACCCCCAGACUCUGGUUUCAAUGGGGGCCUGUCUUCAGAGGCCGUUGUAGCCAUCGCUGUGGUCUUUUCCAUCCUGGGAGUCAUCCUCCUAGCAGUGGUGCUGUUCCUGCUGAUUCGGAAACUUCGAGAAAAGCGCCAGACAGAGGGCACCUACCGGCCCAGCAGCGAGGAGCAGUUUUCCCAUGCAGCAGCUGAGGCCCGGGCCCCCCAGGACUCCAAGGAGCCAGUGCGGGGCUGCCUGCCCAUCUAGCUCCUCCCCCUACUUCCCUGUCAUCCAUCUUCCCUUCCUUGCUGUGUGACUUUGGGGGAAGGCAGCACCCUCUCUGGGCAAUCAGACUCACCCAAUGCUUAAGAGUAGAAGGGAAGAAAGUUCUUCAAAGACCUUGACUUUGAGAGCAAGGGAAGAUGGGGGCUGCUCACUUUUUAUAUAUUUAUAUGAAAUUAAUAGUAAGGUAUAAUAAAGUUUUUUUUUUUUUUUUUUU